AUGGCCGGUAGUUCAGAUUUUAACGGACACGGCACGGAAGCUGCGCAAAAUGGACCACCAAAGGCAAUAGGAUUUUUCCAUCCGGACCUGAAAGGGAAGCGAGGUCGGGCGUACAAACGGUGGAUUAUCACAGUUCUGGCACUCGGGGUGUACAUACUGUCGGUUCUUCCGAUUUACUGGGGUGCAUUGUACGACGUCUACGAGAAACUGCCCAACAUCACUGUCUGGAUAGUGGACUUUGAUGCAAAAGUGGCGCCUUAUAAUACAACAACCACCACACCUGUCGUCGGGCCUUUUAUCACGAAUUCAUUUGAACAACUAAAGCCCGCUCCGGUUGACAACCUAGGAUGGACGGUUGUCUCCGCAGCAGACUUCAAUUAUGACCCGACACUGGUGCGCGAGGCAAUCUAUGACCAAAAGGCUUAUGUGGCUAUCAUAGUGAAUGCCAACGCGACCACCCUUUUGCAGGAUGCAGUCAAUAAUGGGAAUUCGUCGUACGAUCCAGCCGGCGCUGCCCAGGUGAUAUACAACACCGCUCGUGACGAGUCAACUACCUCGUCAUAUAUCUUACCUGCUCUGUUAGACACCCUUUUCCCGGUUCUGAGCGAUUUUGGAGCGGAAUGGGCCUCAAUCCUGGGCAAGAACUCGUCGACACAGAACGUGUUUCUGACUCCGCAAGCUGUUAAUCCCGGAAUAGGUUUUACUAUGAUCGAUUUACGGCCGUUUGUGCCUCCAGCAGCGACCCCGGCGGUUUCUAUAGGGCUUAUCUACUUGAUCAUUAUUUCUUUCUUUAGUUUCUCGUUCCUCAUGCCAAUUCAUGCCCUUUUCUUUGUAGCCAAAGGCCAUGCCCCCGUGAAUCAAAUACACAUUUUGCUCUGGCGUUUGACGUCCAGUAUCGCGGCUUAUUUCUUACUGUCCUUGUUCUACUCCCUCGUCUCCCUGGCCUUUCAGAUCCCAUUCUCCAACGAGCCGGCGUCCCACACUUGGGGCGUCCUGAAUGCAAAUGCGUACGGAAAGGGCUCCUUCGUGGUGUAUUGGAUGCUUAACUGGGUCGGAAUGACGGCAUUAGGUCUGCCAAGUGAGAAUAUGGCCAUGAUUCUGGGCCUGCCAUAUGCUGCACUGUGGUUGAUCUUUUGGGUUAUUUCCAAUGUUGCCACUUCGUUUUAUUCGAUUGAUCUGGAAUCGGACUUUUAUCGCUGGGGAUAUGCAUGGCCAUUGAAUAGGAUUGUCCAAGGUUCCCGAACCAUUUUAUUCAAUACGAAGUCGUCAAUUGGCGAAGAUUUCGGCAUUCUCUUCGCCUGGUCUGCUAUCUCCAUAUUGUUUUUCCCUUUUGCGAGCUGGAUCAUGAGGUGGAAGAACAUCCGAGCGCAGCGGAAGCAGCAGUGA